GCUACUGAUAAACGGAAGCUCAGCGACCAAGAUGAAUAUCAAUGGUCUUAAUGUUACUUUAAUGCUGUUAUUGGCGGUAGCAACCUUAUUGUGUUGUAGAUAGAUAGUUUUUGUGAAACACUGACACACGGUCCUUUUUACCAUUAAUGAAAGGACCGUGGCACUCGAGUCUCGUCUUGUUUACACUGCAGCAGAUGGUUAACGGCGUAGAUUAGCUACUUUGUUACGUGCAGUAAUAAUGGAAUCCCAAUGUGAGUAUGUCAUGUACUUUCCCGCCGCUCCAAUAUCGAGUCUGUCAGACCCGGCGCAGUAUACGACUCUUCCGCGGCGAAAGCACGUCUACCUCGGGGAGGUGGUCCAGUUCCUGCUGGUCCUGCGGUCUCGGACCGCGGCGGGGAGGAGGGAUGACAGCUCCGGUGUUUUACCCUGGAAGGACCUGGCUGGUUCUCUCUUAGCUCUGGCGAGUGUGAGCGUCGCCGAGAGCCGGCAGCAGAGACCCGACGACUACCAGCCAGACAUACAGAGCACCUGCAGUGAGGACGAAGGAGGGGAAGAGGAGCCCGGGGAGAGGGAGGCUGGAGGGGAAAGCGAGCGGACUUUCAGACAGUGCAGCCCGCAUCUCAUUCACAACAGCUCGGCUAGUGAUGGGCAGCAGCAUGGAAGGGAACCGGUGAAGUCUGCUCUGGUGCUAGAUGACCAGGUUAUCUUCUGUCUCAGUGUCUCUUUGGACAAGCUGCCAGUCAACACACUUAAAGCCAAGAUUAUAGUGACUGUGUGGAAGCAGGAGGAGGAGAAGGUGGAGGUGAGGGAACAUGGCUACCUCACUCUUCUGCAGCUCAGGAGUCCAACACACACCUUCAGACAGGACCUCAACACCUUCAAGGCACAAGUUAGCACCAUCCUGAAUGUUCUUCCACCGCCUAGCGUGCAGUGUCAGCUCAUGGCUGUCUCUGGAAAACACCUGACUGUCCUCAAAGUGUUGAACUGCAGCUCUCAGGAUGAGGUGUGUGUCAAAGAUGUGAAGAUUCUGCCCAACUAUAACUCGUCCUACCUCCCCAUGAUGCCAGAUGGUUCAGUUCUUAUAGUCGACAAUGUCUGCCACGAAUCAGCUGAGGUAACUGUGGCUUCAUUCUAUCGGAUAGACAGUGAGUCAUCACGUUUACCCAGCAUGCUCAGCGCCCUGGAGGAGCAGAACUUCCUGUUCCAGCUGCAGCUACAAGACAAAGCAGAGGAGCACUCCAGUGAGGGUUUGGAAAUUCCAUUGGUGGCUGUGUUACAAUGGUACACUCCAACACUGCCUUUAACGAGAUACAUCUCCAGUUGUUACUCACUGCCCAGUAUCCGCCUGGAUCGUCCUCGGCUGGUGAUGACAGCUUCCUGUCCUAGUGCUGUCAAGCCUCUGGAGCACUUCUGGGUAAAAUACACCCUACUUAACAACUUGCAGGACUUCCUGGCCGUCCGUCUGAUCUGGAAUUCGGAUGCUGAUAGAGGAGGCCAGCAGGACCACAGGGUGGGGGCAGUGGUGUGCCAGUCUCCCCUCAACAACCUGGGACAGUGUAGGAAGGGCUCUACCAUCUCCUUCACUGUGGCCUUCCAGAUCCUCAGGACUGGACUCUUUGAGCUGAGCCAGCACAUGAAACUGAAGCUCCAGUUCACAGCCUCAAUGUCCACUCCUCCCGUGGAGCCUAGAUCCCCACUGAGGAACUCUCCAUCAUCAUCGUCCAGCCCUACGGCCAGAGAGCUGCUGGAGAGACACAGCCUGGGCCGAUCGCAGAGCUUCUCCCACCGGCAACCGUCCAGGUCGCACCACGUCAGGUCAGGCAGUGUGAUGGAGUGUAGAGCCAUCACCCCUCCUGUCGGACCUCCAGCGGGCAGAGGCCCAUACCUGCCUCCUGACCACACCCUCAUUUCACUGGACAAAAUAGCCAAGAGAGAGUGUAAGGUGUUAGUGCUGGAACCAAUCCAAGAGGCACACAGCAGAUGACCUGGAGAGGAAGGUUUUACUGUAGACACAGUGUAUUGUCCCUCUGUCCAGCCGCCAAAGACUCAUCCUCCGCCUGAAGGCAACAAGAUGUGGAUGGAGUGAUGGAAGGAGGAACAGAGAGGGAUGGUGAUUGGGCAGAGGGGAGGAGUGGUGCUGAUGUGAAGAGAAGAGACGGAGAUAGAAAGGUGAUGGAAUGAUGAGGCUGGCCUGAGAUGAUGAUAGAAAAGCCCUUGUGGGCCCACAACAGUUCUUCAUUUUACCGGUUUAUCAUUUCCUUUUUUUUUUUAAUUUCCUUGAUGCCUUUAUUCCAUUUUACUCAUUGGGUUAUUUUUAUUUCCUCCCUAUGCCUGUGUGAUUUUGUUGAUAUUUAUAGCUACUAGUACACUUGAAGGAAAUCAUCACUGACUGUAUUUUCUUUUCCAUUUUUAUGGCAGCUCUUGUUAUGUUGUAGGACAUAAUCAGGAAAUCCCAGAUUGCCUGCUUGUGUCAGGCCUGGGAGCACAGAUGAAGCUGGAUGCUAAUUAUAGUUCAUGUUUCUUUUGAUUAGGUGAAAUAUACUUGUUUACAAUCAAACCCACAGUUUGAGAAAACAGCUAGCCCUGCUGAAUCUGAAAGCAUAGACCAGUUAACAGUCCUAUUUCCAUCUUGUGCACAACAUGUCCCUGUCCUGUUUCAACAUGACAGUGUCCCAGGGAAAAAAUCUAAUCUUUUCCAACAUCUGGUGAAGAGCCUGAAACCAUACAAGUUGAGACAGGAGCUUUCAUCUCCUAUUAAUUUUGACAGCCCUUGUUUACAAAAGCGGUGGUGUUUCUAGGAAGGAAGACUGCAUUUCCCACAACCACCGCCACCUCUUUUUAUAAAGAUCUGAUAGUGGUCUUUACACUAUGCACUGAUAGUGCGUUUGUUUUGGAAGCAAGUGAGUGAAUUUUUUUAAACAGCUGUUUGCAGGAUGCACAGGGAUAAGGUAAUGUAUCUAUUUGUGGCUGUGUUAAAAUUAAUAAGGGACUGUUCUCUUUUUCUCUCGCUCUUUUUUAUUUAUUUAUUUUGGUAGUCCCCAAAGCUACAAAUAUUUUUCCUCCAGCCUCCCUGGGUGACCUGGCUGAAAAUGCAAUGCCCUCCCUCCCUUAUAAAUUAGUUUGGAGAUUUUUUUUAAAACUUCCUGAUAGAGGUGGGGGAAAAAUUGAUACAGCAUAGUAUCACGAUAUUUUUGUGUGGCAAUAUUGUAUUGUCUCACAGUGCUAAGUAUCAAUGUUUUUAAUCACAUAAAUUAGUAAUAAUAAUAGAUACAAAUUAAACGUUAUCAGUUGCUUUUUCAGUUCACUAGUUGCAUUUUACAACUGCAAAUAAAUGACUGAAGGGGCAUAAACAUACUUAAAACUUAAUCAUAAAAGAUAAAACAGAUGUUGACAAAGUUUUCCUUUGGGGAUGUAAUUUACAUUAAACAAAGAAAAAAAUCACAAUAUAUUUUAUUGCAAGACUCAGCAUAUUGCAGCAUACUUACAAUAGCAAUAAUAUUGUAUCAUGACUCAAGUAUCAUGAUGAUAUGGUAUCGUGGGUCUUCUGCUUAUUCCCACAUCUACCCUUUGAUGUUUGAAAGUUAAAAGUUGAAGACAACAAAAUCCUUUUUUUUCCCACUUUUGUCCUGCAUGCUGCUUAGUUCGUGCAAACACCUUAUUUUUGGCCAAAUUUUAAAUGAAAGACAUAGCAUAAAGUGAUUUUGAUAAAAUAUCAGUAUUUUAAGCUCAAAUUGGGUUCUGUUUUUUGUCUGACAGAAGAGUUUGUCGCACAUGAUGUGUCCAAGGACGGUCAGAAAUUUGAAAAUCCACGAUAAUUUUUGUUUUUACAGUUUCUGGCUGUGAUAAAUGGUGUAAUUUUGGUGUAAGUUUAAAGUAAUAUGCCCUCCAAUACCAUCAGGUUUAAAAGGCAUGUUUUUUUGUUUUUGUUUUUUUUAAAUCUGGGGUAAAAAAAAAAAAUAAAAAAAAAUUAGAAAAUAAAAAACAGCCUUUUGAAUUUGUAUGUUCCUCCCCUAAGCCAGAAUACAAAACACAAGUCCCCCCAAGUGCUUAAAAAAUUGACAUGCCUCCCCCUUUUUGCAACAGUCCCUCCCCUGUCUUAAGUUACAAACAACCCCUAACUAAAAUAUGACUGUGGUUAAACAAAGUAAAGCUGCCCCCUGUAAGUCGGAGGUUCAAAUCAUCAGUCGGAAACCCUUCCAUUUACUGAGAUUUCUUUCAAGUUGAGCAAUUGAUUUUUUUAUUUUAUUUUUAUUUUUUUUUUUGGUCAAUCAGUGUGCUGUGCAAUGUACUUCUGGGGGAGCUUUGGUCCCCAGAUUUUGCUGCAGAGCGAGUGUCCUCACUUUCAUGCUGCUCCUCAGUGCAGUCAGCUGUGUACACAGAGGCAGCUGCCUGGAGGAGGGGAGGCUUUGCAAGGUCAGACUCCGUGAAAACAUUGUCAUCUCUCCUCUGCUUAGAAGUGGUGAAUUUACAGCUCACAGCAACUUAAUACAAUACGGUCUCUGGCGUUUUUUUUCUGAUAUCCAGUGUUGGCCAAAAAAAUGUUGCACAUUGCAGAUCCAUCAUUAGUGCAGUCAGCUUGGCUACUACAUUAUGUGAAUGUCACUGUCACCCUAAAUGUCCUGCAGAUGUUUGGUGGUUUCUCGGCACACUGAAUCGCAUGUUCAUGUUGGUGUAAGUUUGUUGGGACCAUUUAACGGCUCAGUGUUGGAUUUUAGCAGCUGCUGUUGUGUUAGCUUGUGCUAAACAGACUGGCAUUGAACUGACAGUCUGCCGUGAGGGGCACAACUUUGAAAAUGGCAACAACAGAAAUUUUGCUGAACAGGCAGGGGAUCGGUCAGGUCACGUCAGCCACCGGGUAAGACCCUCGGCAAAGCUGAAUAGACCCGAGAGCAGAGUGAGCAACAGGUAGCUGUCAUUUCUGAAAGAAAUCAUCCUUAGCUGAUAAAAACACACAGGUGAUAAGCUCAGUAAUUAGCUGGCUCAUUAAUAAUUUCUGCUUCUUCGUCUUCUUCUUCCGACUCUCUGUCAGUCUCUGCAUCUCCUCCAUGGUAAAUUUCAGAUGGCAUGCACGUUACAGAGCAGUGAAUUAAUGCUGCCACAGUCAGGGCAGCAGGUUAGUGGAGUGAGUACAUAGAUGUAUAAUGGUGUACUCACACCGAAUGUGAGGCAAAUUUUUGCGUUGUGUUGCUUGCGAGCAUACGGCUGCUGGAGUGGUUUUAUAAGUAUUUUGCAUAUGGUGAUAAUUUGGAGUAUGUCUCAAAUGGCAGACUUCCGUUAGAUGUAGUACACUAUGUACACUACUUACUUCUUGCGUGGUGCACUAAUUUCAGCAGGGUAGUGUUGUCUUAAAUUUCGCACUUACCGGAAGUGACAAUGGCUUUCUGUUUUUUUUAACCGCCUCUUUUACAUUUUAUUUUUAAUUGCAAACAGAUGGUGGAACAUAUUUGCCAACAUUUGGCUGCUAUCUCCGCCAACACAAAACAAAAGUACACCACAUCAUCAGUGCUGAUCAAAAUGUAUAUAUAAUCUCAAAAUAAAAAAAAUCAUGUUCUUUGCUUCCUCUUUCGGAAUUUGCUAGACUCCACCACAGCUGAAUGAAAACAAUCAAUCAGAGCUGAGGUGUGUCUGUCAGUCAUCAGUCAGACACUGCUUGUGAAUUGCAGUCAAACUGUCAAACUAGGCAAUGCUGAUCAAAUAUGAAUCAAGAUACUGUUGCUGCAUUGCGUAUUUCUUUUCUCAGAUGUAUAUUUUAGUGUACUGUUUAGCUGUAAAAUGAGAAGUUUGUGACUCACCCUCUAUGUUGGAAAGUCUUGAGCCAAAACCAAGCACCGCACACCAUACAAAAUUGUCAAAAAUACAUUUGUAAUGUAAUGGACGAACAUACUACUCAGUGGGAAGGUUUGCCUCUGAAAAUGCAUACUGUUGUAUAUUGUUUUAUCGUUUAGUGUAAUUUCACAGGAUUAGGACCCGGGAACAGCCAUCAAGAAUAGCUAUACAGAAAUUGUGAUAAAAUAUAUUGCAAUAUAUUACAAUUAAUGAUGUUUUCAGUAUUAAAUUAUGCCCCCAAAACUUUGUCAACAUCUAUUUUAUUUAAUAAGAUAAAGUUUGCUCUGUCUGUUCAUCUCACCUCAGCCAUUUUUCUGCAGCAGCAAAAUGUAUUAAGUGGACUGAAAAAGCAGUUGAUUAUAUUAUUUUAGUAGGCUACCUGAAGUUUCAUUUGUAUUUGUAAUAUUAAUCAUUUAUGUUGUUAAAAAAUUAUACUCACCUCUGUGUGAUGAUAGAAUAUUGCCACACAGAAAUAUCGUGAUACUCUGCUGUAUCGUAAUCGAUUUUUCCCCCACCCCUAUCGGAUAUAUCAUUUUAGCGUUGACGUGAUGCACAGUAGUCGCAUCAAAAAACCUUAACUUAAAUAACUUUUUUGAUGCUUGAUACAGAUGGAAGACUUGCGCUGUUCUCAUUUUCCAUUACUUAUACCAGCCAAGCCUUGAGCUUUUAGACCUGAGGUGUGACGUAGUGGGGCAGUGUUUAUCGUGGGAGAUUCUCUCUCCUGCACAUGUUUGCAUUGAAAUUUAUCAUAACCAGGCCAGCAAGUGCAGCAGACACAGUGAAGUGCAUGCUUUUCCAAAAUUAACAUUUUAUUAGGGGCCCUAAAAAGUUUUGAAAUUUUGUACAUGAAAAUGUGUGGGAACCCUGGUUCCAAUAAUAACUGCCACACCUGUUCGAUAAACAAGACACAACAUGGCAGUUGUGGGCACUUUGGAGGGUGUAUAUGCUUAUUUCUCUUUACCAAGCUAGGCGAGGCUUAGAUAGGCUUGGUGUCCCUGUGCUUCCUGUCCUUGUGCUAAGCUAAGAUAAACAUAUUCUGAAACUAUUUCUGGGUUUAACAAAGAUGUAAAACUGAUAUUGAUUACUAAAAUCUGAUUGUGCUAAUGACAGCAAAUAGGAACUUCCCACAAAUCAGACUGCUCCUUUAAAUAAGCUGGGACAGAAGUUCCCAUCGGGUAGGUUUUGAGUACAACCUUUUCAGUUCUUUGUUGAACACAGACUCUUGUACGAGCUCAGGUUUCAUCGUUAAUGUCUGAAACAGUUUGUUCUCUACUUCUUUACAUUUUUAAGUUCGAGAAAUGUUUUAGUAAUCACAAUUCAUAUUGUUAGAUUUAAUGUUUUUUUUUUAACUGACCUUACAAACGUUAUGAUUUACACUGGAUUACAGCUGCAUGUGGUCUUGCACCUUUUCUAGAACAAAGUGGUUUGCACUCAGGUUGACAUCUACUGGUUUAUUUUUUAAUAAGGAUAAAGUCUGAAUGACUGAUUCAGCUCCAUACAGUAGUCUUCACACUGGCUGGUUAAUUUAAAUUGAAUUGUCUUAAUGAUGCCUAUUUGUUGUUCAUGUUGGAUGGUUAACGUUCAGGUUUUAAUUGGAUUUUUUGUAUUCUUCUUUUUAUUCUAUUUUAUUUUAUUCGACUCCACAAAUACUCCAUGGUCUUGACAGUGCAGCAGUGUACAGCAGCUUUUCAAGUGUAGUCUUAUUAUUUCAUUGACCAGUAAUUCAAAUGUACCAUGUGUUAAACAAACGCUGAUAAUGACUUGCAUGUAUAGUUUGAGCCUCGUGUGUCUGCAGUUUCCACUGCUUAAAAGCAGCACUUUGUUCCGACAUUUUGUUUCCUUUACAUUUCCAAAAUCCACAUUCAUAGCAUUCCCAUCAGGCAGUGUUAAGGGAGAUGAGGAGCCACUACAGAAAAAUGAAAGUUUUUAAAUAAUACUCAUAAUUACAACAGAAUAAUUUCUUUGGGUGUUUCCUGGAAAGAACUAUAUCAUUGUUUUCCUAGGAAAUUAUGGGACCAGUAAAAUAAAAUGUUACCAUAAUAACUGAGGUAAAAUGAAUAUGACUGGUAAUAACAUAAAGUAACUGCAUUGUGAUAAGAAGUUUUUUGUCAGGUAACAUGUGAUAUAUGACUAGUUUCAGUGGAAAUUGUGCUGUAAAGACUGUUAUACAACAGUUAGUUCCAGCCCUGCAAUCUGAUUGGUCGAGAGACAGUAAAACCAUGAUGAUAUUGGAGUACAACAUCACGGUUAUUUCACUGUGUAUGUAUCACUCCGCCUCACAGCUGAUUGCAAUCAACAAUCAAAUCAAAACUGACAGUUAGUGUCAGUUAGGUCAGCAGUUGCAUUGUAGGCUAAUUAAUUCAUCCACUGUCAAACAGCCAAAAAUAUGGAUUUAUUUCCUAAAAUAAGUUUUGAAUUGAACUAUGAAUGGUCAUCAGAGGAAGAUGAGGGAGAGGAGAAGCUGAAUCCAUCUGAGCACACAUCCAGGUUUGUCAGUGUUUCAUCAGCGGAGCUCAAUGACUUGGAGAAAAGCAACACGCUGUCAGAUCAGAAGGCAGAGUCGGCUGUGCCUGUGAAGCAACACUCCACCAUGCAGUCACCACAGACUUAUUUCACCGGCUGCACAAUUAAUGGAAACGUGCAGAUAAAUGUGUAUAAAGAGUAAGUGCCUGGAGCACCAUGUCUGCGUUACAUAGCAAUGGUGACAGCGGAGUCCUGAGGGGACUAUUUUUGUUGGCGGAAGACAAAUAAAAUGCUUAA